UGCGAGAGUGUGCGUGUGUCACAUGGGAAGUAGUCAGGGUGCCGUCACAUGGUUUGUGUUUGCAAGACGAGGCUGACAAAGAAAAAGACAAAGUUUGUGCGCUGUGCGGUUCUUUACUUUCAAGCUCUCAAGUAGCUUUGAGCCCCGCUGCCUGUUAUGGAAAUUCCUGCCAUCAAUCUAAAGGCUAUCGUUCUGGUGCACUGGCUGCUUACAGUCUGGGGUUGCAUGGCGUGGCUGCCCACCUCGUUCGCCUGGGGCAACUUCAGCGUGCUGGCCGUGGGUGUGUGGGCCAUCGCUCACAGGGACUCCAUCGACGCCGUGCUGAUGUUUCUGAUCGGGAUGGCGAUGACCAUCCUGACGGAUAUCAUCCACUUUGGCAUCUACUACUCGCUGAGCGAGCUGGCGUCCGAAAAGGGACGAGACGUGUUUCGCUUCAGCGCCGGCAUGGCCAUCCUGAGCUUGCUGCUCAAGCCCGCUUCCUGCUUCUUCGUCUACCAGAUGUACCGCGAGCGAGGGGGCGAUUACAACGUCAACUUUGGUUUCCCUUCCAUGAGCCGAAACAGAGAAGCGUACCAAUCCAUCGACCCCCAACAAGACGCGUCCACCAGUACCGCCAACCCCUUCAACCAGGCGCAGGACGUCAAGCCGGCGCGGGCCUACUGACGCCCGCACGCUUAUCUGCUAUUAUUCAGCAUGACAUUUUUGGACCCUCAAGAUCCAUUGGGGAGAUGGAGGACAAGAAUGUAGAGGUGGGGGAAGGUUAGCAAAAAUGAGCUGUUGAUUAAUAAGAGCAAGCUCGUACCCGUGACUCCUCUGAGUCAAGGGCGAGCGAGCGCGCGCUCGUGGCUAAUUGAUGCGCCAUGCGGUAACAGCGAGUCCAUUUGUUAACGCCGGCCACCAUCCUCCCCUGAGAUGUUUGCGUGAAGUGUUCAGCAAAAGAAGGAAAGACCUCAUUAAGUUACGAUGUCACCUUUUAAACAGUACACAUAUUUUAUGCCACCAUUUGUGUUUUAUUUUUUAUACAAGCAUAAGGAAACCUCACAUCAUAAUAAAUAGAAUUUUCCAUGACUAUAAUGUCCACAACGUUUGGGGGAAACGUCACAGCAUGAGUCGAAAACACGCUAGCACGCUAACCCCAAAUCAUAUUCAUCACAAUAUGAAAUUAUAGGGAACAAACAAAUAAAAUACAUCUUAAAAAAUCGAUAUAUUUGUCCUUAAGUUACCAAAUAAAAAUAUAAAAUAUUACUGUGCUAACGUGUUUUUUCUUGUUUUCCUUAAACGUUGAAAUACUUAACGAGUUGAGCAACUCUGUUAUGCUAUCUGAAAAUAUUUCAGGCACUUGAGGGCUUUUUAGCGUGAUUUAAAAAAUAAAGGGCUGCUCAUUAUAUAAUCAUAUGUGCGGGUUUUUGUUUUUGCUGUAAUUGUAUUCUUCUCUUUCCUUGCUGACCUAAAUUCCCCUUCGUGAAGAUGAUUAAACUUUCAAUUUAUCUUCCUCCUCCAUCUUUAAUGCUCAAUUACGGGCUGAAAACAUGCAAUAUGGCUUCUCACUUGUCCCUGAAACUCCAAAGCGGAACGCCAAAAAUAAACUUUCGCGUGGCGUGGAAUAACCUUCCGAAUGGGAGAAUAAUGAAAAGCGAGUCGGUGGACUGUCAGGUCGGCGUGAUGAACGACCUCGGGGAGGCGACGCGGGAACGCGGUCGUUUGUUACCGGCCUGUCACAAAUGUAUUUUUAAUGAACGUGCACCUCGGACCUUCUCGGCGGUUCCCUCGGGCGAAACAACGACUCGCUAUUUUCCCAACUUUUGCGGCCGUCAAUAAAAUGUAAAUAAGCUUUUUCCUUCCAUUAGUCACGACUUUAUUAUUAUCCGCAAGCAGUUUGUGCGCUAGCGCCUUUGACAAAAUUAUGAAAUGAAUGACGUAAGGUUAAGGAGACACAAGACUAGUUCGACUCAGCAAAAUAAAAAUGGAGUAAACCAGCCAUAAAGUCUGAAGAAGCUGUACCCCAAAACCCACAGCAAGUUUUAUUUUCAAUCCCAGGGCUCAUACGUUGACGAUCUCCUACGCUUUGAUUCCAUCGGAAUCAUUUUUCGUGGGAAAACAAUUUGAACUCCCAAGUUGGCCUUGUGACAUUCCACAGGGUUGGUAUUAAGUCAUUAACAUUUGACCCCUUCUGAACGGAGCGACAUCUCUUUGUAGAAGCUUCCUUCGGCCACUAGAGGGCACUAAGCUACUAGUUAUGGUUGAUGACAUCCUGUUGCGUCACUCUUUCCAGUACGUGUUACCAGGUCACGUCUUCUCCAGAACCUUACGUGUAGGUACGUCAGAUUUACCCCUGUGAGUUGUCUCAUUGAGUUAUUAUUAGUUGUGUGUGUUCCGAGUGUUGUCUGCAUGUAAAGUUUAUUAUGCUCUUCGACAUAUAUGUUUGCAGAGCUCCUGUUAUCUGACAUUGAGGAGAGCGACAAUGAAGCGCGGCGUGACAUGGCCACUUAGCGCCGACACGCAAAGUUUUCUCACCCGCUGAAUCCCCACCCCUCCCCUCCCAGCCUUGCUGCUCGGAGCUUGUCACGUACUCCAGGUUUGGUACGAGGUGGUGUCACUUGAGCAUGAGCGGGCGGUUGCUCCUGUCCUGUUCUGGGACGCGUGUCUGCUUGUCACUGUUGACAACAAGAAGACUUGGACAUUAGCUUUUGUUGUUAGAACCCCCUUUUUUUUUUUCUUCCUUUUUGUGCUCUGAUAAGUCACUCAAUCUCCAUCUUCUUUCUGCAGAGUGUGACUGAUAUACCGUAAUUUUCGGACUAUAAGUCGCACCGGAGUAUAAGUCGCACCAGUCAUAAAAUGCCCACAAAAGUGAAAAAAAACAUAUAUAUGUAUAUAAGUCGCUCCUGAGUAUAAGUUGCCCCCUCACCCAAACUAUGAGAAAAACGCGACUUAUAGUCCGGAAAUUACGGUACGUACAUUAUUUUUUGGGCCUACAUUCUGGAGAGCAACAGCCGUGUAUCAUGGACUUGGGUUUUACCGGUCUUGACUCUCUUUUGCCAUUGUUGCGCAAUCUUCGUAAAUCUUCAACAUGGUUUCAGUGCGGUCAUCACAGCAUUCUUUGGGCUCCUGAAGCCUACAAAAUAUUGACAAAAAUAAAUGUUCAUGACCUGCGA